UGUGUGUGGGAAAGAAAGAGUGCUUUGGUGUUUCCCUCAGCUCGUGCGAAACACCUACAAAAAGUGCAAAUUAGAAGGAUUUGAAAUACUGGGACAAAUAUUGCACGAGAUGAUUCAAUGAGUUGAAGAGGGUACGACUUGUGUGCGUGCGUGUUUAUCAGCUGACUUUGUGUUGUGCGCACGAGUUUACGCCUCGUGUGGGUCGAGAUGGAUUCCCGCUCCCUUCGUUCUACUGCUGGAAUCACGCGCCAUUGAGGGUUUACGUGCAUGCGCUGUGAGCAGCAAAAAUUCGACGUUGGUCUCCAUUGCAGAGUUGAAGAAGUUCUUCGAUGAUCAGGAGUUGUGAAACAACUCUGCGAGACUGAAGCUGGACCACACUUAGACCUGAAAGUGAGCUGUGCUCACCAGGUCGUUGCUCUGCAUCUUAUCCAGUAAAUCUUCAAGGUCAUCUUGAAGGUCAUCCAAGGUCAUGGAGGACUGGUUUGGCAACUUGUCGAGCUCAGCGGAGGAGGAGGACGACGAUGAUGGGGACUGGAGUGCCUCUUCGUCAUCGUCUUCAUCAUAUCGCUAUGGCUCCUCGCUCAUGGACAUUUACGGCAGCGGCGGUGGGGGGUACCCCGCCAAGGCAUCUGUCAAGCCCCGUAACAAGAUGGUGGCUGCGCCCAAAACCCGCAAGAUGCCGGCGACGCCAUCCAAACCCAACAGGAGCCCGAAUCAGAAACUGCGUGUGGUUCUAACCAACUCGGACCUCUGGCGGGAGUUCCACGCGGUUGGCACGGAGAUGUAUGUCAACAAGCCGGGCCGGUGCAUGUUCCCAGCGUGCCACUACAAGAUCUCGGGACUUGACCCAAAGCGCCUGUACUUCCUCAUCAUGACCUUCCAGAUAAUGGACCAGCACCGAUACCGCUGGGAUCCACAUGAGGGCUGGGACCGCGUCUCUGUGGUGCGGGACGCGGAUCGCGACCGUGACUCCGGAGUCUUCAUGCACCCGUUGUCCCCGGCCACUGGUGCCCAUUGGCUAAGCCGGGAGGAGGUGGCGUUCAGGUCCUUCAAGCUGACCAACGACUGGAAUAACCAUGACAACACGAACUUGGUGGCCCUACUCCCCAACCGCCGCUACAUGCCGCAGCUCCACAUUGUGCCCUUUGACCCUCGUCAUGGCAACACAGUCGACAUCGAUGACCCGGCGGCUGCCACCUUCACCUUCCCGGAGACGGAGUUCUAUGCAGUGACCACUUACCAGAACCCGCACUGCUCACGCCUCAAGAUCCAGCACAACCCCAACGCACAGAAGAAGCUGCGGAACGCCAGUGGCAUGUAUGACAGCAAGGGGACACGCAUACGCAAAAGCCACGCCCCUGGUCACGCCCCCGCCCGGCGCCACGCCAACAGUCCCCAUGGAGAUCAGCAGCAGCAACGGCGCAAAAGCCUGCCAGCAGGGGGAGCUCAGGGGCACACGGCCAUCAAGGGUGGUAAGAAUAGGCUUUCUCUUCCCUCCGCCAGUCGGUGGGCAUCACGGGGUCUGAAGGCAUCCAAUCAAAAGCAAGUGCUACUGAAGGCAUCCAAUCAAAAGCAAAUGCUACAGAAGACAUCCAAUCAAAAGCAAGUGCUACAGAAGACAUCCAAUCAUAAGCAAGUGCUACAGAAGACAUCCAGUCAAAAUCGAGGGCUACAGAAGACAUUCAGUCAAAAUCGAGGGCUACAAACGACAUCCAGUCAAAAUCGAGGGCUACAGAAGACAUCCAAUCAAAAUCGAGGGCUACAGAAGACAUCCAAUCAGAGGCGAGGGCUGGAGUGCGAUGAGCAGAUGAUCUCAUCAGAUGAAGAGCCUGCUCCUCGGAGCGCUGCCGGUUCUAAGAAGCCCGCGGGCGGAACGCCACACUCUGCACCCUCCGUUGCCAAAGUUCCGCCCAGAACUCCUAAGACAUUGAAGAAGGCAAGGGGGCGGCCACGCAAGAUCAUCAACACUCCGUCGCCGCCGCGUAAGCCAUCCCAUAAGGGACGCAUCACUGUGAUGGCACAGCGCAGUUCAGGUGCCGCCACAUCCGGCGCCGCCAUGGCAACCAUUUCCACCAUGUCGGAGCCAGAAGGCGAAGAGGAAGAGGGUGAUGAAGAGGAGGAGGAGGUGGAGGAAGAGCAGAUGACACCACAGCUGGCGGUGGACGACAUAGAGGGAAUGCUCUUCCUGUCCUUCAUCACCAAGGAAUCCCAUGAUGUGCACGUGCCCAUGCAUAAGGACAGGCCUCCUCCUCCGUCAUCUUCCUCGUCUCAUCCACCGCCGACAGCAGAAACGACAUCUUCAUCGCCUCAUCAGCCGCAGAUGUCCUCUCCACCACUUGCAGCAGCCCUUCCUCUUCCUCCCCCUUCUUCAUCUCCCCUCCCCACACCAUCAGUAUCAUCAUCAUUGCCCCAUUUUCCUCCUUCCUCCCCUCCCCCGCUCCCUCUGCCGUCAGAGCUGGCCGCUGCCGCCUCCUCAUCCUUAUUAUAUCUGCCGCCGCUGUCCCCACCUGAACUGCAGCCAUCAUCGUCAUUACCCCAACAACAGCCAUCAUCAUCAUCAUCACUGUGGCAUCGACUAUCUUCCUCUGAGCUUCCGCAAGUGGCAAUAUCAUCAUCAUCGUCGCCUUGUGUGCCCCUGUCCUCCUCUCCCCAACCUAAAUCAUCAUCAUCAUCCUCUUCAUCUCAUCAUGCAUCAUCGUCAUCAUUAUCUUCGUCUAAUAAUCCUUCAUCAUCACCGUCAUCAUGUCUGCCUGUUCCCUCAGGAUCACUACCGAACUCUAAUGAACCUUCAUCAUCAUCAUCUUCAGCAUCACUACAGAGUUCUGUACUGCUGAACUCAGUACCACCUGCUGCUCCUGCUGCUGCUCCCACGGUGCUACUGCCACCCCCCUCGCCUCCCCCUCCCCCCUCUCCCUCGGUGUCCUCAACCUCACCUGAGCACCGGCAGGACCAGGCGGCCACUAGGGCAACAGGAUCCCCUUCCCAAACCCCUUCCUCGGUCCCCGUGUCACCCCCUCGAUCACCUGUCCCUCCCCUCGCGUCGUCAUCGGCAUCAUCGCUACCUUCCGCUUCACCUGAUGAUCACCAAGGCCAGGCCGUAACCACGGCAAUGGGACCCCCUCCAUCAGCAUCACCUGUACGCCUACGCCCCUCAGCGUCACCCGAGCAUCGUCAGGGCCAGGUGGUAAUCACGGCAAUGGAACCCAAGGAGACGGGAGUUGAAGCGGAAGUUGUUGGUGAUCUGCUGCAGUGUAUUGAGCAGCUUGAGGAGGAGUUGAUGUCCGAUCUCAACUCAUAUGACCAACAGCAGCUGAUACACCCAGCAACGGACCAGGUUGGAAUGUCGAAGGGUGUCGAAGACCCAAAGAUGGCUAUUGACAUGCCCACACCACACACACCUCCCUCCUCUCCUCUACGCUCCCCAAGACACACACCCUCACCUCCACACACCCCUUCACACUCCACGUCACCCAGCCCCAACACAGACAAGGCGGUGCGUUUCGUGUCACGUACGGGUAAGACCAAUGACCCGACAAAGAUCAAAGGAUGGAGGGAGAAAUUUGGAUCCCUCACUGAUGCAUCACCUCCAACAGAAGUCCACUCUGCCUUCAGUAGUGAGCUGUUGGAUGACUUCCUGGCGUCGGAGGCUAAGCGAAUCAGCGAGCGCGCUGAGGUCUUCGCCAGAUCAGGCUCCGCCCAGCCCCCCACAGCCUAUCAGCUGCCCUCGCGGGGCAGCAGCUACGUACGCACACUCGACAGCAUCCUCAAGGGCCGUCCUAGCAACGCUCUGGCGACCAAGAGUGCCCCUAGCGAUGCCCUACCAACCAGCAACACUACGCCUGGCCUAAGCAGCACCAUAGCAACCAGCCUAAGCAGCAUCCUGAAGACUUGUCCUACUCUAAACAGCGUGCUGAACAGCCAGCACAGCGACGUCCUAUCAACCAGCAGCCGAGACGACACUACCAUGCCAACCAGCCCGACUGUCCCCAGCUCUUCCAUCUACUCCAGGCCUGAGCAGCGCAGGCGUCCGCGGGGCCGGCGUCUGAAGCGGCUCUUGAAGGGUUGUUAUCGUGGCCGCAAGAGAUCCAUGACUGCGCAUCGCCAGCUGGAGGCCAUGGAGAGACACGCGGUCGGGAAGGGACACGCCCACACACACGUCACCGCCGAGAGGGUCACACUCGCCAUGAGCGUCAUGCUCACCGCACAGGGUUCCCCGGCGUUGGAACGUGUGGACUGGUCUGCAGGGGUGCAGCUGAGUGUGUGUCAGCGCGCGUGCUGCCGGCUGGGGUGUGUGUGUCUGAGCAUCCAGCGGACGCCCCGAGGGCCCACACACUGCCGCCGGCCCGCUUGCAUGUUCCAGUGUGUGUGCUUCAGGCACCGCAUGCUGAUCAUACGGCCGCAAACACACACACUCAGCGGCGGCAGCAGUGGUGAUACCGGCGGGGGUGACGACGCACACACUCCCAGCACACCAGGAGCCAGCCAGGAGCCCAAACUACUGGCUUACCCCAUCUGCGACCCCUCUAAGUCCCUUCGCGGUCCACCCGGCCCCCGGAUGCGGUUGCUAUGGAGAGGGGAGCCCGACCUGGAUCCCGUGCUCCGACCCGAGAGUGCUAAUAUCCCCACACCACCCCCACGGCAACCCAAACCUGCCAACAAACCCAAACCUAAGCAGCAUCAUGAGGUGGAGAAGGAUAGUGAGGUAUAUAAGUACUUUGACAGCAUGAUGACGUGCGCUCGAGUACGGGCCUUCAACAGCCCUCCCCCUGUACAGCUACCACCACCAUCUGGCCUGUAUAUAACCAAGGAAGGAAGUUCCUCUGGAAGCCCAGUGAAAAGACAGAAGAUCAGCAAAUCUGAACCAGGUUCCAAAAGAGCUCGUCUGCAGCUCCUGAGGGAGGACAACAAUGUUGUUAAAAACGAGGAUGGCGAAGAUCACGACAAUGCUGCUUUUGAUGAUGAAGACGACGAUGAUGAUGAUGAGGGCUGCACCAGGCUGCUGAGCGUGACGUCCUUAUGCGAUUGGCAGCCGCACCGCAAGCUCCUCCUCUCUGCCCUCAGCCGACGUAUCACCGCACAUCUCCUCCCACAAAAAUUCAACAUCGGCUUCUACCACAUAAAACUGCUCUCAGUCACCCAAAGACAGCAGCAGCAGGAGGAUGAGCAGCAGCAUCAGGACCUCAUGGACCAGUCGGCUGCCAAGACCAUCAUAACCUACCACAUCAGCAUCUCACGCUUCGAGCCCCCUCAGCCACAGGUCGAAUCCGAACCUGCACCGAAGCCUGACCCCCAGCUCAAAGAGCCGCCCACAUCGGGCUACCUCAGGGCUGUGUGUCUGGCCCGUCACGUAAAACCCAACACAGCUGUACAGGUGAAUGCCAAGCGGUAUGCCAAAGCCCAGAUCAUGCUGGGUCGCAUGGGCGCCUUGAAUCCGGCCAAUCGGUUGGCAGCGUUCAUCACCGGCCGUCAUGUGACCUUCCCCCCGAAGCUCCGCCCCUGCAUCAAGAAGUACCGACCUAAAGUCAGGCCCACAGCCAAACCCGCCCCCGCCGCUGCCGGCAACAGCAGGACGACAGCGGGUGCUCCGGAACCCUCAUCAGCCUCCUCCCAGGACCAAUCGGAAUUGGUUAAGCCAGCGACUAUGGACCAAUCAGCAUCGUCCCUGUCUGCAGCGAAGCAGUCCACACUAGCAUCAUUGACGCUCGUGAAGCAAGCGAAGACGACAGAAGCUUCAUCGCCAGGGGGAGUGAAUCAAGUUGCAAGAAGAGAGCUGACUCCGGAAGUGAAGCAGGCUACGCUAGCCUGCUUAGCAGCACUGGUCAAGCAGAGCAAAGUGGAAACCUCCUCGCUGGUGAAGCACACUACUCUGGAGUCACUAGCGUCACUUGUCCAGCAGAGUACAUGCGAGACGCUGUCGCCAGGAGUGAAGCCAGCCACAACGGACGUGGGAUCCACACCAACCACGUCUGCCGCCACGGCUGCAACAAGAGGGCUUACUCCAGAAGUGAAGCAGGCUACGCUAGCCUGCUUAGCAGAGCUGAUCAAGCAGAGCAAAGUGGAGUCCUAUUCGCUGGUGAAGCACGCUACUCUGGAGUCACUAGCGUCACUUGUCCAGCAGAGUACAUGCGAGACACCGUUGCCAGGAGUGAAGCCAGCCACAAUGGACGUGGGAUCCGCACCAACCACGUCUGCUGCCACGGCCGAUGCCCCUCCUCCCCAGUCCGUCAACUACAUCCCAAUUGACUCCUCAUCAGGCUCCUCCUCUAAAUCCUCCUCCUCCCCUCUGCUCCCCUUGACGCUCGAUCCCCCGGCCUCCUCCUCGUCCUCCUCAUCUUCCUCCUCCUCCUCCUCCUUGUCCGCAACCUCGGCCCAGAAGAUCAUGUUGGCCCCCAUCGGCAGCACUCCUAAAGGCGCUCUCUACCGCCAUCCUAGUGGCCAGCUUGUGCAGCUCAUCCCCACUGGCCCCCUGCCCUCCGGCAGUGAAGCCAGUAGCAAUACCACCUCCACAGGCCUAGGGGGCACCACCCAACUCUAUCGCCAGCCCAACGGACAGAUGUUUAAACUGGUGCCCUUCCAGCCCUUCAAAAGCAUCACUAUUAACCCUCCUGCUGGUGCUGCAUCUCCCUCCUCUACUCCUGACUCCACCACCAAAGUUCCGGGUCCUUUGUCCGUGGUUACGGGUGGCCGCGCCCCCCUGGCGUCCUCGGACCCCUCUGCUGCCCUUGGUGGCGGAGGUGUGGUGAUGUCACUGUCAGGCCGUAACCUGUGCAUCCAGCAGGGCGCCACGGCUGUCAAGACACUGCCACAGGGCUUCUCGUUCCGCAUCUGCCCCCCUACUAGCAAACCGCCCACCACAUCGGCAAACACAAUCACAUCCGCCAAAGUAGGCACACAAGAUGCCGAUACCACCAAGGCUCAGACCACAGAGGACCAGGAUCAUGACCGGGCCCCGAGCCACAGUGCGUCUCAGCUGGGCACCUCUCCUGUCACGCUCCCGCGGCCUCUUCCCGGCGGCUUCACCAUCAUACCUCUGCCAGUGGUGGGCACCAAACAUGUGGUGGCUCCAAUCAUCAUGCCACCACCUGUAGCCCAGACCACAAAGACGCAGGACACUCAGGGGAAAGACGGCGCGGGAACUAAAGACAACACAGGAGCUAACACUGCAGACGGUGCUGUGUUGACCAUCAAAAUGUCUCCAGUGACGAACCCUAAAGACGCCAUAAUUAUUAUCUCUCCUGACACCCCAACUCCACCAUCCACAGACGCCCCAAUACGAUCUUCCCUCCACACCCCAGUCCGACCUCCACAAGUGGACGCCCCAUUGCUGGGCACACUGGACACAGCCAGGACCUUCUCUGGCCAAGGUCAUGGUGGAGAUCGUCCACAGGAAGCUGCAUCAUCGUCAUCAUCAUCAUUGCAGGACGGCCAGAGGUCAAACACGGCAACAGCAGCAGGCAACACAGGAAGUAGGAAGUGGCCCGAGGCGUUCCGAAUGCACGGUAUUCCAGUUCUGCCGCGCGGACCCGAGUGCCGUGUGGACCGUGAGGCCGCGAUGCGGCGUGUGCUGGGGUUGCCAGCCGGCCGGAGCGUGGUGAUGGGGGCGGGGCGGGUAGCGUUCACCGGUGGGGUGAGGGUCCCCCGUCCCGUCACGGCAGUGCAGCGGGAACGAGAGGCGGAGAUGAUGCGACGACUGACGCUCACCGACGGCCUCGACGGCGCCAGAGCCGCUAUCGGACGCAAGAUUUUGGCUCCGAUGGUGCUACCCCCCUCCAUCUCCAAGUGGGGUGCCACGGAGCGUAAGAGGAGGCUGGUGGAGGCCAUCAGUUUCAUCAAGCUGCAGGAAGCCAUGCACAGCACCGACGUAAACGCUACCAAGCUAGACGUACUGGAGGAGGCUAAAGUAGUUAUCGGUCGUUUGAAGCAGAGAGAGGAGGAGCUGGAGGAGAUGAAAGCAACCCUGAUGCAGACGCAGGCAACACUUGUAAACACACUCUGCCAGAGCUCAGGUAAGAGUGAGGAGGAUGUGCGUGCGCGUCUGGCCAAGGCCACUAGGAGGCAGUAUGAGAAGCUACACCGCGGCCACCUCUCUCAGCAGCAGAGGAAGAAGAGGAGGCAGGUAGAGCAGGACGCUGAUUGGAUGACCGAGCGCAUCGGAAUCUUCAACCGCGGGCCCCGGAAGAGAGGGAGGGACAAGAAGCAGCUUGAUGAUGUAAACAACCGCGACGAACUCACAGCAGAAAAGGACUGGCUGUAUAAUCGGUUUGCCGUGUGGGGCCCCCAUAAUAAGGGCCAGGGGUUGGCAGAGACUCCUCACUCCCCGCUAGGCUCUGAGACGGUUGGCUCCCCCCUGGAGUCCGGAGCGGAACCCCCCGAAACUGGAGAGGAGGCGGCAACGAGGAACCCCGCCACCGGAGAGGCGCCUCUAGCAGGGAACUCCGAAUCCAGAGAAGGGAGCACAGCAGAGCACUCCGAAACUGGAAGCCAGUCGGCAGCAGGGAACCAGGAAACCAGAGAGGGCUUGGCAACAGGAGACACCCAAAAUGGAGAGAACCUCAAUACAGCAGUGGACCACACAGAAAAAGCGAGUCAGAGUGUCUGCUCUGAGGCCCAAUUAGCAGCAACCAGCAGCACGAUAGGUGAAGCCCUUGGACAGCAACAGCCAAUGGAAGGCCAGACCGAGGGACAUCAACCAAUCAAAAAACAGAUAGACACGUCCCGGCUGAUGUCUCUUCUGGGUCAGCUGACAGCCAAACUGAAACAGCAGAGCGGGGACAGAGACUCAGAAAAGAGCAAGCAAUCAGAGACUGACGAAUGGCGUCCCCCGAUGGGUCCGGCGGGCUCUCUGCUGUCGCGGAUGGACGACCAUGAUGCAACACAGCAGCAGAAGGCUACAGCGUCCCCAAAUGGCCCGGGGGAGAAGCGUAAGCGCGGCCGGCCCAGGAAAAACCCCCUGCCUGAAGACGCUCCACCUAGUGGCGGGACAGCUGUCGCUGCUGGUCAGCCGGUGGUGGUCCUCACCAUGCUGCCCAGCGGGGCCUUUACCCUCACACCUGCUACUGUGGUCAACACACUGCCCCCUAUUGCAGCAAAACCAGCCUCAGCUGCUAAGGCCACACCAACUAAAGGACCUAAAACUGCAACGCCAUCAAACACUCCACUCUCAGGUGUUGCUGCAACCUCUCCUAGUGGUGUUAGCCCCACACCUCCCAAACGAGGCAGAGGCCGGCCGCGCAAAAACCCCAGACCAUCGGAGCCUGGUCGCCCUGGCUCUCCUGUUGCUGCUGUCACCACAUCGCCCCCUGGUGGGGAUGGAGCUGCUACUGCAACCACCACAGCUGAGGCUGAUGAUGGGGCGACUGCUACUGUGUCCUUUAGUCUUAGUGCUCCUGGUGCUACUUCUGCCAUGCCAGACUCGGCUGCUGAUGCUGGAGUGACAGUGACCCGUAGUAGUUGUGUUGAUGCCACUGCAGCUGAUGAUGCUGGGGCUAGCACAGCGCCGCCUGGUGGGGACGUGGCCGCCACUGCAGUUCGCUCUUCUAGUACUGAUGCUGUUGAUGUAAGUCCUACUGAUGUCAUCGAUGCUGCCACUGCAACUCACCCUGCUACAGAGUCCUCUGGUGGACGUGAAGCUGGUGCUACUGCUGCUAGUCUAGAGUCCCCUACGGCUGGUGCCACAGCACCCCCCUGUGGUAAUACUACUGCCACUACAGCGCUACCAGAUGGCUGUACGAGUAUACAGACAACAGUAGAAACGGAUGAUGAUGCUCCUGCUGCUAUUGUUACUCCCACCGCAGGUCUUUCCUCUGGUGAUGUUGCCUCUCCAACCUCAACAACACGCUCCACUGAUGCUGCUAACACAGCCCUCCUUGAUUCUGAUGCUAAUACUACUACCACCACAGCAGCCCAUGAUGCUGAUGCUAAUACUGCUACAGUGACCUCUAGUGGUGGCAGCCCUGCAACUGCACCAGCACAGCACUCUACAGAAGAGGACCAGGAGACGCAGCAGCAGCAGCCAGUGGGAGAGGCGUUAAAAAGUCCCACGGGGGUGCGGACGAUGGAGGAAGAGGAGGAGGAGCCACUGAGGAAGAGGAGGAGGAGCAGGAGAGGGAUGAAAGAGAAGGAGAUGGAGGAGGAGAAGGAGAGGGAGGAAGAGGAGGAGGCACUGAGGAAGAAGAGGAGGAGGAGGAGCAGGAGAGGGAUGAAAGAGAUGGAGGAGCGAGGAGGAGAAGGAGUGGGAGGAAGAGCAGGAGGCACUGAGGAAGAGGAGGCAGAGGGGUGGAUGAAAGAGAAGGAGAUGGAGGAGAGAGGAGACGGGAGAGGGAUGGGGGUGAGGACAGGGGAGGGGAGGUAGUGAAUCCAUACAGGCAACUUUAUAAUGCAAUUAACUCAUCAGGGAAGAGCAGCUUGAGAACAGCUGUGUGAAAGAUGAGGACUGAGAGAAUUGAGGGGGGAUUCCUUUAGACAGCCUUGUACAAUGUACAUUAACAGGUACAUUAACAAACUCAGGUCAAGGGUUCGAGAACAGCUGUGUGCGAGUGAGUGCAGAAUUGGGUAAACACUGUGUGCAUUUGUUGAAGGCUCGCUACAGAAGUAUCACUGAUGAUGGUGCAGAGAAUGAUGGUGAUGAGUGUGGUGGUGACAGUGAUGAUGAUAAUGGUGCUUUUUCGUUAAAACACUUUCUUGUUUGUUUACCUCUGAAUCAGGAUGACAAAUAUUGAAGUCACUCACCACCUCUAAAACCCACAGUCAAUCAGAGUGCCUCUGAAACUCCUUAUUAAAUCAGAAUGAAAUAAAAAAAAAUCCUCAUUAAAUCAGAAUUAAAUAAAAAAUUCCUUAUUAAAUCAGAAAACUACUUAUUAAAUCAACCAAUCCGAAUUUCAGAAUACCUCUGAAAGGUCCCUAUCUUGUUUUGUUGCUUUGCAUUAAGUGAACGUUUUGUUAUUAUAAUGUUAAGUUUACCCCACAUUGGGGCCCGCCCUGCGAUGGCGCCUGAGUUUAUUUUCCUGUGUAUUAUGAUUUUUGUACGCCUGUGUUUUUUCACCUGUCUUCUAGAAUCUAGGGCAUAUUAUGGGUAUACCUUUCAUGUAGGAUUGAUUAACGCUUGUGCGUGUGUGUGUGUGUGUGUGUGUGUGUGUGUGUGUGUGUGUGUGUGUGUGUGUGUGUGUGUGUGUGUGUGUUAAGACUUGUGCCUGGAGAGCGACAGGUAUUGUACAGUACGAUGUCCUGCACAGUCACAGGACGGUCAGGGUUGAAUGUAUUUUGCUUACGACACUUAUCAUGCCUUCUGUAGCCGUAGAAGGAUGUUGGUUACCAUUUGGUUAAUAAAACUGAGCUUUGAAGAAAACA